AUGUGCAUCAAUCAAAUUGGGCAGCAGCACCCUACUCCGGACCCAGGAAAACUAACCUCAGACGACACCACAGCCUCCCCAGGAAAAGUUUGCUCAAGAUGCGCCACGAGUGCCCAAAUCGCCGCGCGCUUCUACUCCUCCACCACGGCCGCGACGGCCAAUCUGCCUCCAGAUGCGCCGGCGUCCUCCCCCGCGCGAGCAAGCCCUCCGUACGAUGUGCGGUCCGGCCUCAUCCUCACGCGCCCUCCUCUUCUGACACGGAAGCUUCACCCUUUCGAGAACGCCUUCUUCUUCUACCAGAAGCGUCUGGAGGAGCGGCUCAACACGCCUUUCAUCACCAGCAUCUAUUUCAAGCCCGACACCGCGCGACGCUUGGACUGGAGUCUCAAGGUCGGCGAGCGCCAGGGCACCGUGGCCAAGGACAUCGGCGUGUAUAACGGCAAGGGCUCGAAAGCGUGGGAUGACGAGCUCAAGGUCGGCGAUCAGCUCAGCAGCCAGGAGAGCCUUCUGAACAGUCUCCUCAAGGAUGCAGAGGCCCGCGUCAGCGACGACGCCGAGGUCAUCGCCCCGGAGGACGUGGUCCCUGUGGAGAGGCCCUUGGAGAGGGAGACCGAGGCCGAUAAGAAGGGCGACGUGAAGAGACUUGACAGACAGCUUGACAGGACGCUGUACUUGGUUGUCAAGGGAACAGACGGGUGGAUGUUUCCGGCUGAUGCUGUUUCUAGGGACGAGAACCUGCACGAGGCCGCCCAAAGAGUCUUGGACCAAGCUGCCGGUGUAAACAUGAAUACGUGGAUCGUCAGCCGCGUCCCCGUUGCCCACGUCGUCGAACAACCCGUCCAGGGAGCCGAUGGCACUCUUCAGACCCGCGGCCAAAAGACGUUUUUUCUCAAGGGAAGAAUCAUGGCUGGCCAGGCUAACUUGAAAGGGAACCCGUUCGGAUACACCGACUUCAAAUGGUUGACAAGGGAAGAGUUGCAAAACGAGCUGUCGCCUGAAUACUUCCGUGGUGUGCGAAACAUGAUGUCGGACAGGUGA